AUGGUCACCACUGUCGCCGAGACUCUUCAACGAGAAGUUGACACUGCAAUGCAGGAGGCGGCGCGGCAACGCGGAGGCCUGCGACGACACGUCACUGCUGCUUGUGACCGCAUCCGUCGGCGGCAGGCACUUGCGCGUGCGGAGGCCCUCACGCCUUCGUUCCGUGCCGAUCUCUUGCGACGUGGCAGGGCCAUUCAGAAGAACCGCACCCGCCUGCUGCAGACGCUGAAGCGAUUUGCAUCCGUGCUUCCAGCUGGUGAUCUUCGCGAACGGUGCGGCCGUCCCAAUGUGGUGGUGGUUCUUCUUGCUGUGCAGGAGGCAUUGCAGGUGGAAGAGGAGCUGGCACACUUGUGGCAGCCGCUGCCGAGCGAAGAGGCGUGGUGUGAAGUGUGCGCCGCUCUGCGGGACAGUGGCAGUCGCGCAGAUGUGCCCUCACAGCCGCUAGUGGGGUCCGAGCUGCGAGAGCAUCAGCAGCAAGAGCGGUUGGAGGCGGCGUUGGAGCAUCUGCUCGUUCCGUCCUGCACGAAGGCGGGGACGGAAGAGGAUGAGGCAGCAGCGGAGGCGGCGUCUGCGCCACUCGGCCCGUGGAUCGCGCUCCCGUGCUUCUGCACCGUGACACAUUUCUGCGGCCACGACCAACUGCACGUGGUGGCGGCUGCAGCGAAAAGUGGUGGCGGUGGCGGCGGAGAACGAGGAGGCGCGGAGGACGAGGAUGCGUUGCACGAUGCAGCGGCGGAGGCGGAGCGAAGUGUCUCGGGCGACGGAAGAAUUGCGCAGAUGGCCCUGGAUGUCGCCGCGGCGCACCUUGGCAGCCUCGGUGGCCAAGCCGGCAAGGAAGCUGACGAGAGGGAUCUGUCGGGGGAUUACGGCGAUGAGGAGGCGAUGGAGGAGGCACGGCUGCGGGUGUCCCUGGAGGUGGCGGCGAGGGUCACAGCGUGCAGAUAUGCCGUGGAGUCGCUGGCAGCAGGCGAGGAUGGUAUUUUGUUGGACGGCGUGACGACUGUGACUGCGGCGGCGCCCCUCGCGGUGCCCUUCACGGUGCUUGUGUUGCCGCCGAUGGAGCAGAUUUUCUUCUGCAUUGCAUACACUGUGGGCGCGGCAAUUCUGCGGGAUGAACAGAGGGAGCGGCGUGCGUCCGCCACCACAGCUGAGACCGCCAUUGCCGUCGGCGGCGACAAUGAUGUUGGUGGUGCUGGCUGGAAGGGCGCGUUGGAGCGGUGGAUGCGGCAGGAAGGGUCUAUCGGCAAUGCGAGCGGCGCACCUGUUGGUCCGCGCCUGCUGCAGUAUCUACUAGACUACGUCUUUUCCCCCGCUGAGUGUGAAAGUCAGCGGAAGGGUGCGGCGGUGUUGGUGCAGCCAAGCACGGCACGGCGGUGGCUGGGGCUCGCGUUGGGAACAGCAUCCGAGGAGGAGGCUGCCGUAGAUGCCAUGAUGGCCCGCUACAUGAAGCGACACCGAAGUCCGUGA